AUGAGUCUCCACGAACUCCCCGUCGAAAUCCUCUACUGCAUCGCCGAUGAACUCGACUAUUCUUGGACCGUCAGCUCACUUUCUCUGGUCAACUCGCGCCUCCAUCAAGUUCUCAACCCCUACCUAUACCGUUUCACGAAGCAGUACUCGAGCACCCAAACACUCCUCUUCGCAACCCAGGGUGCCUCCAACUCCGUCGCGAGGAAGCUGCUCGCCCUGCAGUCGAAUAGCCUUGAGGAAUCCACAUGGAUGAAACUCAUGUCCGCCGCCGCCAAAAGCGGGAAUCUAGAGACGGCCACGCUGAUUCUGGGCGUUGGACAGCAAUUACACGCUUCAGGCGGAUGGUCGCCGGCCUUUCCUCGAUAUCUGGACUCCGAGUUUUGGCAUGCAUUGAAUCGUCGUCAUGAACCUGUUGUUCGGCUCUUACUGCAGCACGGCGCGGCGCCAGUCUUACGCGAUAAUGCGGAAUUGAUACGCUACCGGGGUUUGUGGAAGCGUGUGCCUAUUGCAAAGUUGCUGAUUCAGUCUGCUCGUCAGUCGACAGUUCCAGACUCGGUUUCGGUAACGGACUUAUUUCAAUACGUUAUUACAGGUCGUCAUGGCUGUAGCCUUGAGAUUAUACGCUACUUUCUCGACCAUCAAGCUGAUCUACCCGCUUUAUUUGGUUCAAUAAGGGAGGUCUGCGGUCUGGGAUACUGCGGCGAUCCUGAGACAGUCCGAUACUUGCUAGAGCACGGCACCGGUUCUGGACUACUAGGUGAAGCUCCCUUCAGAUCGCUGGAGUUAGCUAUUACGAAUUGCAAGUUUAAUACUGCAAGGGUGUUGCUGGAAUACGUCGAUAUUACACCGGUUCUAUAUGACAAGAUACAAGGAUCGAAAUUGCUCUGCAUGGCUGCCUUGACGGGCUGGGAGCCGAUGGUGGAUAAAUUUCUCCAGAGAGACUUGUCCAUAGAAGGACUGAGCGAAAGCUUACAUCAUAGAGACUCGCCGCUGGAGUGCGCUGUACAUAAUGGCCAGGAAGACAUGGUCAGGCUGCUGCUUCGUCAUGGAGCAAUGCCCCGCUCGGAAGCCCUAAUCGAGGCUAUCAGACUUCGCAACGUGUCGAUGGCGAGAAUAAUGCUAGAUGCUGGCGCGGAUCCUAAUUGCAGAAACAAGCCUUUCGCUCGUACUGUAGCCCUAGAGGUUGCAGUGGGCCAUGAGAGUCUGUUUAGGCUCCUACUGGAGCGGGGAGCAGCCAUUCCCAGCGGCCAUCAGCUUACUGCUAUGUUGAAAGAUGUGAUCUGUCGAGGUCGAGUACCGGAACUGCAGAUGAUGCUGGAUAGAGGUGUAUCACUCGCAAAUCAAAAGUUCAGUCUGCUAGAGCUCGCAAUAGAGGGAGGACCCGAGAUGCUAAAGUUUCUAUACAACAAUAGUUCUUUAUCUAGAGAAACCAUCAGCCAAGAGCAGCAAGGGAAGGGUGAUUCGGCACCAUCGCUUCUAAUGAUUUGUCUGUAUCACCGCCGCCCUGGUUCACUUAGAUGGCUUUUGGAUAACGGCCUGGCUACCAUGCCAUCCUGCGCCACAGAACAGCACUGGAUACUUGAGGCCCUCUUCCAAUGCAGCGCAGGCGACCAGGAGGCCGAGAAAACCCUUGAUGUGCUGGUAAGACACGGCAUCGAUAUAAACGUCACGUCGCAAACCAACCGCCCUGCCGUGUGGAUUGGGUUCAACCUGAAGUCCGAAGUAGCACUCAAAGCAUUUUUGGACCAUGGUGCCAAACUAUUGCCGGAGCAUGUGGACGACCUCAAGCACCUUUUGGGUCUCUCGAGGUCUGUCGAGCACCUUGAGAUGAUGCUGGAUGCGGUUCUGCGCGACUCGUCCCGUGAACAGAUGCGGAGGCUGCUUUUGGGAAUGAAGGAAUACGCGGAUGAGAAGAAGAAGUGGCCUGUUGUGAGAUGCCUGGAACGUUUCCAGAAUCGUAAUGGUCUCUAUUGA